UAUUAGGAAUAAUGGCAACCGGCGAUAUGACAGUCAGUGACAGUUCGGAGUUAUCGUCUGUCUUUGGCUAUAUUUACAACAAUUUAUGAACGAAUUGUCGCGCAGCAAUAUUAUAAGAUAAUUCCAGUAAAAACGAACGCGAUAGUGUGAUCAGGUUUUAUUAACGCAAUAAAUUUAGAGUGAAACUUACGGUCUAUAUAGAAAAUUAGAGACAAUCCACUAAACUGAUAGUCAUUCUUAAUUGGAUAAGUAAUAAGCUGUGAGUUAUUACGGAAAUCGUUUUUGGUGUCCAAAACAAUCUUUGGCUCUCGAGAUGGAGGAUGCGCAAGAAGAGUUACAAUUUGUGGUUGAUGAUGUAAGUACCAUUAUUAAGGAGGCGAUUGAAGUGUCAAUAGGUGGCAAUACAUAUCAGCAUAAUAAAGUUAAUCAAUGGACAUCGAACGUAGUAGAAGCAUGUUUGGGAAAUCUUACAAAGUUACAGAAGGCUUAUAAAUAUAUCGUGACUUGUACGAUUAUGCAGAAAAACGGGGCUGGACUUCAUACAGCCAGUUCAUGUUAUUGGGAUAAUGCAACCGAUGGCAGCUGCACAGUGCGUUGGGAAAAUAAAACCAUGUAUUGCAUCGUAUCGGUUUUCGGAUUGGCCCUAUAAGUUUAUCUAGCAAACUAAAAUCUCAGACACUUGAAAAAAAUACAAUAAUUUUGCAGUUAUAAGAUUUAUAGCAAAUGCUAUUUUCAGAAAUAAAACUUUGUUUAAAAA